AUGAACAGCUGGCUAUUGAACACCUUUGACUCCUGCGACCCAAGGGUGCUCCCUGUCUGCGAUGGGGGCAUUCCCCCCUACGCACGCCAGGAUACUCCCGUCCCGGAGGGGGUUUUACAACAUGGCUUUUCGCCAUUAGUUAACACUAGAGAGCCGGCCCUGCCUGACGCGUUGAAAUUCCUCGUGCAUGGCAAAUCCGCGAUAGACACGGUGUACGAGGCACUGUGCAAGACGAACAGCGACAAUGGCUGUUCGCUUGACAAUCUUUUGGACAUACAUACAUCGGACGAAAGUUUCCCAAUUGAACCCAAUAUUUGUAUGUCGAUGUCGAACAGCUACGAAACUGGCUUUAUCGCGCAGCCGAUGUUUGACAACGCGGUCCGCUACGACGUUCCUCAAUCGUGGCCAGUGCCUCCUCCCGAUAUCGCGACAAUACCAUCUGCAUCAUACCAGCGCUCCUACGCAGGGGGCAAGAGGGGCAGGGAGCGUUACAAAGAACAUCUACAAUCCUCCCCCUACAAUCGGACACAACGGCAACACGCCGCGAACUCGGAGUGGUGGUACGGAGGGGACACUGCGUAUCCGCCUCCUGAGCCACCCUCUUCGUUACGUCAAUCGUAUCGGGAGGAUACUGUAGCCCAAAACCCGGGCAGCCAGAAUGGGGCAAGCCCCAACGGUAGAACAUUUAGAAACAGAGAUUCGGGAGCCAAAGUCACAUUUGACUUCGGCCUCCCCAGUCCCGCCGACUCCACAGCUUCGUCAAACGGGUCCUCGGGCUCUAGCGUCGACUCGAGGAAAAGUAGGAAACACCACACCGAUAAUGUGCGCAGCAAGGCUAUCAACAACGCGAGGAACAGGCUGAAAGCCCUCUUUCCAUCGAGAAAGCUGGUCGAUGCUGAAGAAACAGCCGUUCGCGUUUGCAAGUACAUCCUAUCGACUCGGAUCGUCCCCGAGGAUGAGGGAGAAGUCCAGAGGUGGUGGUCGAACCUGGCGCCCGCAGCGACUUCGCCCUCGGAAAGCGGGAAGGCCCAGGCUGGCGCGUUACCUGAAGACAAGGAUGCACGACGAAGGGAGCUGAAGCGUCGGUCAGACGGCCUUCGGCACGAAGCCACGCGAGCCCUCAACAACGAGCUUCGGGCAUUGUUUGGCCCGUCCGGAUCUCUGGUAGAUACCAUGGAUUUAGCGUACGAUUUCUUGGUGCAUGCGAAGGAGCGAAGAGUCGUACCUGACAUGACGGCGCCGGCAUGGCGUGAGGAGUGUGCGGUGACAGCGGGUCCCUUCUUCGAAAAGACGAAGUGA